CCAUCUCAUUCAUUGGGCCACCAUUGGAUCUUCCAUAUUCAGCGGAGGUUAUAAUUAUUUUUAUAAUUAUUCUUAUUAUAAUUUAACUUUCAUUUUCAAUCGGGCAUCUGGGUGUUUUGGCCUUCCCUUAUAUUUUUUGUAAAUAAAAAUAAUCAGGUUCUUCUUGAUUUUAACUCAUGGUGCGUAUAAAUGUAAUUUCAAUGAAGAAUUACCUGUGAGUGAGGGAUUCCUCAAGUGGGUUUUGAUUAAUUUAAUAAUAAUGGGGAAUGUCAAUGGAAGAGAAGAUGGAAGCAGCAGCCCAUCUGGGGUUGAAGAAGGGGAAAGUAAUAACAGUGUUCAAGAAGAGGGCAUGGGAGCGCCUGAUGGUUUGAUGGGUCAGUCGCCUCCUCAUAGCCCCAGAACCACCCAUUCCCCUCUCUUGUUCACUCCUCAGGUCCCUGUUGCUCCAUUGCAAAGAGCAGAUGAGAUUCACAUUCCAAGUCAUUCAUGGAUGCAAAGCAGUUCACGUUAUGAAGAUGUCAGCAAUGAGAUAGGAAUACCAACAAUGAUCACAUGGAGUUAUGAUGGCCAGGAAGUAGCAGUUGAGGGAUCAUGGGAUAACUGGAAGACAAGAAUACCCUUGCAGAGAUCAGGAAAAGACUUCACUAUUAUGAAAGUACUGCCAUCAGGUGUUUAUCAGUACAGGUUUCUUGUUGAUGGACAGUGGAGGUAUGCCCCUGACUUGCCUUGGGUUCAAGAUGAUGUCGGCAAUUCUUAUAACAUCUUAGACUUGCAGGAGUAUGUUCCAGAGGACCUUGAAAGUAUAUCUAGUUUCGAACCCCCUCAGUCUCCUGAGAUGAGCUAUAACAACUUGCAACUCACAGCUGAGGAUUUUGCUAAGGAGCCACCUUUGGUUCCUCCACAUAUGCAAAUGACACUGCUCAAUUUGCCAGCAUCCAACAUGGAGAUUCCACCUCCUCUCGCAAGACCUCAGCAUGUAAUCCUUAAUCAUCUUUAUAUGCAAAAGGGAAAGAGUGGUCCGUCUGUGGUGGCACUUGGUUCAACUCAUCGAUUUUUAGCCAAGUAUGUGACAGUGGUACUGUAUAAGUCCAUGCAGAGGUAAUAACACGCUGCUUCUUCGUCCGACUUUGUAGUCUUCAAUCCCAAAAUGUAGUUAAUAUAAUUAUCAAGAGGUAGAUGCUUUAAGAAUGGUGUUGGUAACCUCAGUAAGCAGUCAUCAAACUGAACUCUUAAAGCUGUAUGAAUAUAACACAAACAUUUGAUGACCAUUUGAUCCAACAAUUUAUUUGCUUGUUCUUAUUGCAUUAUCUGGCCUUUCUAGCGCUAGAAAUUUUGAUCAUGUAAAGACAUUUUCUUUUUUCAAAUUUCUUGCAGCUAAGCACCGUUCAUUGGAAUUCCUUUAUUUGGCUGGA